UUCACAGGACUUUCCUCUCAAGGGGAUUUGUCCUGGAUGAAAACUAGGGACUGGACCCCCAGGCUUGUUGGUGUCUCCCUGUCUGUGCUGUAGAAGCUCUCAGGAUGGACUCGUACCUGAUCCAAAUGAAUGGCCAUGGAGAUCAUGCCCCUAUGCUAGAUGUUCAUCUCAAGAACACUGGGAACACCAUAUCACCAGGGAAGGUGAAGGGUCGGAAGCCAAGAUGGGCUGUCAGGGCUUCUGAAAUGUCAAAGAAGACUUUCAAUCCUGUCCGAGCCAUUGUAGACAGCAUGAAGGUGGAACCCAACCCAAAGAAAGCCAUGAUCUCCUUGUCCUUAGGAGACCCAACGGUCUUUGGAAACCUUCCCACAAAUGAUGAGGUCACACGGGCUGUGAAGGAGGUUUUGGACUCAGGACAGUACAAUGGUUAUGCUCCAUCUGUUGGCUACCAGUCCUGUCGUGAAGCUGUGGCUGCAUACUACAACUGCCCGGAGGCACCACUAAAGGCCCAGGAUGUCAUCUUAACGAGUGGCUGCAGCCAGGCCAUAGAGCUUGCCUUGGCAGUGCUGGCCAACCCAGGCCAGAACAUCCUGGUGCCACGGCCUGGCUUCUCCCUCUACAAGACUCUGGCAUUGUCUAUGGGAAUAGAGGUCAAACUCUAUAACCUCUUGCCAGAGAAGGCUUGGGAAAUUGAUUUGGAGCACUUGGAGUCUUUGGUGGAUGAGAAAACAGCUUGCCUCAUUGUGAACAACCCAUCGAACCCCUGUGGCUCUGUGUUCAACAAGAGCCACCUCCAGGAGAUCCUGGCAGUGGCAUCAAGACAGUGUGUGCCCAUCCUGGCUGAUGAGAUCUACGGAGACAUGGUAUUUGCUGACUGCAAGUAUGAACCCAUUGCAACUCUCAGCACCAAUGUGCCAAUCUUGUCCUGCGGUGGCUUGGCAAAGCGAUGGCUAGUCCCUGGCUGGCGGAUGGGCUGGAUCCUAAUUCAUGACAGGAGAGACAUCUUUGGUAAUGAGAUCAGGGAUGGCCUUCUAAGACUGAGUCAAAGGAUCCUAGGACCCUGUACAAUUGUCCAAGGAGCACUGGAGCGCAUCUUGCACCGAACACCACCUGAGUUCUACCACAACACCCUAAGCAUCCUCAAGUCUAAUGCUGACCUUUGUUAUGCUGCCUUAUCAGCUAUCCCUGGCCUUCAGCCUGUCAGGCCUGCUGGAGCCAUGUACCUGAUGAACUCCGUGAUUUGUACUUUUCAAGAUAAGGCUGUUUCACCUGGAUAUGAAGCCCCUGGCAACUGGAAGCCCCUAUAAAACAAGGCAGAAUAUCAUACCUCCUGCAGAAGAUGUAGCCUUCUUCAUACUAGCAUGCCUGUCUGCUGCCUGUGGUGUUGCCUUUUCUUCUGCCUUUUCCCAUGCCUGUUUGCUUUAAAGUUUAUAAUGUGCUGAAAUUUCCUUUUUCAUCUCAUCAAGCUCAAUUGAGAAAUUUAUGACACUUUGACACAUUUGAAUUUUUUUUCUCCAGUUUUUCAUUCACUCUUAAAAUGUGGACUCAGAACUGGACAAUACUGCAGUAUCUGUCUCACUCAUUUCUAUCGAAAACUCCUUAUCACUUGACCCUGUUUCAAAUUUUUACUCAGAGCUACACAGGUCAUUUUGCUUAUGCUUUUUAUGUAGAGGCACAAGUCUAAGAUUCUUUCACACUUACUGUAUUUCUACAGUAGCUGGCUCUCUAUUUAAAAUUAAGUCACGUGUUUAUUUUUGUGUUCUACUAGCUCUUUCAGAACUUAUGUAAACAAAUUAUCUCUCAAAUUACCUGUUUAAAAAUAUUUUCAUGAGAUGUUUAAAAUCUUCUUUGGUUAUAAAGGUCAGUCUGGAUGGGGCCCUGAACAAACUGAUCUAGUGGGUGGCAGCCCUGCCCAUAGUAGAGGCAUUGGAACUAAAUGAGCUUUAAGAUCCCUUCCAAUCCAAACCAUUCUGGGAUUCUAUAAACAAAUGGCCAGAAUAGCACUGUCUUUAUGUGACAGAUGGACAGCUGCCUUCUUUCCAAAUACAGAAAAGAAAUAUUUAUUGACGAUUUUACCAUUUUCAUGUCAUUUUACCAAUUAUAUUAUCCUACAAGGAUUUAUUUUGUUCAUAAUAUUCUAGACCUUGCUAUAUUUCUUUUUAUUUUAAACCAAAGCAUUAAUUUUUUUUCUUGCAGGACAGGAUUAUUAAUGCAUAUUGAGUUCUCUACCAA